AUGACGGGGUUACUAUUGUCGGAGGUCGAAGAGCGAGCCGCGAGCCUCUUCUUGGGCAGGGCGGACUGCGGGAAGUGUCGCAGCGGGCAAAGUUACAGCGGUCGCUUACAGGAGGAGGGGCUGCUCGGCGUCGCAAAGGGUGUUGAACGUCAUGCGGCCCUCGAGAUUGAGCAGUCGUCGGGGGAAGUGUGUUGA